AUGAAUGAUACCUAUAUCGACUAUGAAGACGAAGAUUACAUUGAGGAUUCACAGAUCAGAAUUCCGCCGACUGUCACCUCUAUACAAGUUUCAGAUCCAUCACUACUUCGUCGUUCUACGCCUCAAGAUGAAAAGCCUGUCAUUAUUCGUGGCAUUAAUGCCUCUGGUGGUCAACUUCGUCACCUUGUCUGGCGUAAUGGUCAAUUGCAGAAUCUUACUCCUGCCGUUCGGCCCGAGAUACCCAAUCAUCCCGCACGUCCCAAUCAUAACCAUAUGAUAUCUUCCAAUUUCUGCCCCGGAAAUUUGAUGACUCUUGGUUCUGGAUCAGCCUAUGGCGACCAAAAUGUGCUCUUAAUGCCAAGGCAGGAACGCCCUUUAGUCACUGUUCACAUGCCCAAACUCCCCUUACCUACGGGAAGCGCAGCUUUAUUUUCUAGGUGUGUUUAG